AUGGUCGAGACGAAUAAUCCUAAUUCCCAAAUGGGUGAAAUUGAGUUCUGCACGUUGGGAAUGUUUAUUAUAGAUGACAUAGAAUUCGGAGGCUCCAGACCUGACGUCAAGAACGUACUUGGAGGAGCUGCCUCUUAUGCAGUUGUCGGCGCCCGUCUGGUUGCAGGGGCCAAGCAUGGACGGGCUGUGAGUUGGAUUGUGGAUAUGGGAUCCGACUUUCCAUCAGAGACUCUCGCAGUAAUCAAAUCCUGGGGAACAGACUGUGUCAUCAGAGAGGACCACAGCAGACUCACAACAAGAGCUUGGAACGGAUACCACCCAGACGAAAAGCGAGAUUUCAAAUAUCUCACUCCGAAGCUGAGAUUAGAGCCGUUCAUGCUCUCUGACGCACAGGCGUGGUCUCGCACCUUCCAUAUGGUGUGCUCUCCGGCCCGUUGCAUAUUUAUUGUAAAUGAAAUUCUCCAACGACGGGAACAGCUGCGAGAAGCGGGCAAAGCACCUUCUACGGAACAUGCUUCAGAGCGCCCCAUUUUCGUCUGGGAGCCAGUUCCUGAUCUCUGUACACCUGAAGAGCAAGAGAAGUUUUUCGAGGCAAAUCGAGUUGUUGAUGUGGUGAGCCCUAAUCAUAUGGAGCUGGGCAUGAUGUUUGAUCAGCCCGAAUGGACCGUGGAAAGUGAAGAAUGCGAAGGGCUAGUCCGGAGGAUUCUUGACGCCGGGAUUGGUCCCAAUAAAGAUGGAUGCAUAGUCAUUCGAGCGGGUAAAGAGGGAAGCUACGCCUAUUCAGGAGCCCAGAAGCUUUGGCUCCCUGCUUACCACCAACCUAACACUUCAGGUGCUACGGCGGUGCUGGACCCUACAGGUGCGGGUAAUUCAUUCCUAGGCGCAUUGGCACAGGGAAUGGUAACUGCCGGCCGAGAACCGUUCGAGGUCAUCGAGUCUACCUUGUCGCCCUCCGAGAGCUGGAAACAAGCCAUGGAAUCCUGGGGGCCGCGUCGCGAUGUGUUAGGAGCGCUCAUCUGCGCUACUGUCGCUGCCGGGUAUGUGGUGGAGCAAAUCGGAGUGCCUCAGAUCUCUGUGGCCAAUGGAAAAGAGCUGUGGAAUCAAACUGAAUUCACGGAACGAGUCCGCCUAUACACGCAGCGAUUAUUCAAGACAUUGCAAGAGUCUCCCCAGAGACACCUGUUGACCAAUUGA